AUGUCACAUCCUCACUCAAGAACAUCUGUUGCCAAUCCUGUGUCUGAACAAAGUGCUCGUCGAAAUCAGCCAUCAGAUCAUGCAAAGGCUAUACAAGACCUCUUUCAAAGUCCUUCUACAAGACAAGAAUUCACUGAUCUCGUUUAUGAAUGGUUUUCGAAAUAUGAUCUAUACAAUCAACAAUAUCAAAACAAUCGUCUUUAUAAAGAUACUAAAUUUAUAAUACAGUAUGUUAAAGAGACUUUAGUAACACCUAAAGAUCCGAAUCUAUUGCCACUACGCAUCGAUGCAUAUUUCUAUAUACUUUGUCGAAUUGUGGAAUAUACAAUGUCCGAAAAUGGACUGAUGGAUCCGAUGGAAGACUUUCGACGGGUAUUAUUGAUGAAAUUGGGACAAGAAUUCAAAUCAUCCAAAGGCAAGAGUCCGGAAUUAUAUACGACGCAGAGAGAGAUACUCAGAAGAAUAAACAUAAAAAAGCAUCUGUCAUCAUUCACUGAUAUCAAAGAUGCAUCAAUGUUGAUUCAAUUACUUGCAAUGUGUAAACUAAUAUUUCAAUCUACUACUAUCGUGCACGAAACAUGUCUCUGUUGGCUUGACCUCUUACACGAUGUUAAACAGUGGAAAGUAUCGCUAGCAGAUUUUGUCAAACAAUACGCUACUUACAAGGAGACAUUCAAACCGUUAUUUCCUCUUGAUGCACCGGCGUUCAUCUACCUUAUGCGAGUGACAUAUUCAUCGAAAGAAGACCAACCUAUUUCAUUUGAAACUAUUCGUAAUAUGUUAUCUUUAAUAGAACUGAAAUACGAAGCGUUCUUCUCUGAGUAUCGAGUGUUGUUCGCUGAAAAUAUCAAACAGAACUUUUAUGAAUAUCCUUAUAUCGCCAGCUUACUACAAAGCCUUUGUUCACCCAACGUCAUCCACUAUCUCGAGUUCUAUUUAGAGGAUUAUGUCUUAAAUACUUCGUUUAGUAGAUUGUGGAAUUGGCUGUUGUAUUAUACGGAACACCAUGAACUGAAAUCUAAAAUGGAAUCUAGUCUGAUCUCAAUCAUGAGAAAUCAUACAAUGAGAAUAUCCCUGGCAGAACUCAAUCAUUGCUGUCAAAUGACGAAUAGUUCCAUUGAGAAACUGAAAAAUAUAAACCUGAUUCGACUGUCUCGAGUUCUACAAGAAGUGAUUUAUGUGACUCUCAAUAUGGAACUUUACCGUCAAGUCUAUCAACAUCAAAUUUUAGAGCAAGAUGCGAAACAAAUUCUGAUGGUUCUACUGAAAAUGAAUUGGACGUUUGAAUAUACAAAACCAACGUAUUUAUUUAUUGUUUUACACUUGCUCUUUAUUCCAAAAGAUUCAAGUCGAAACAAAUUUGAGAAACUUACAUAUUUAUUUCAUAGAUUCAAUGAAUUCAAUGAGCCGAUAUGUAAAAAACUAAAACCUGAGAAAGGUGUACAAGUUCAGUGGUUAAAUGAUUAUUUUUCCUUCGUUCCGAAUGAUUGGCUUCUCUUAAAUCAAGAUAACUAUGAAGAACUCUGCAGCGCUCAUCAGAAUAACCAAUGGUCAUUAUACAUUUGGUCGAAAAUUGUCUACUCAAGUGCUAUCAACGUCGAUUUCACGAAAGAUAGUGAACUUCUUAUAGCUAUGAAUGAACGAUUAGUCGAAGUUCAACGGUGUCAGACUAACGAUAUAUUUACACGUAUUUUCGUUAAAAGUUUGUUUGAAUGCGUCAUGAAGAAACAUAGUAAAUCGCUACUGUGGCUUCCAAAUAUUCAACCUAUGAUUGAAUACGUUCUGAAUGCUCGCGAUACUGAUUUGCCUGGUAUUGACAAAUCAACCGUGAACAAUUUUGUGGAAAUCGUGCAGACGUCAAUCCGAACUGCCCUUACAUUGGAAAGCGAAUCCAUCACAUAUCGCCGGCUAAAGCAACCAUCCAUUGUACCGUUGCUUCUUUCGCACAUGGACUUCGAGUGUAUUCUCAACGCUGUUGAUCCCCAACAGUACAAAUUUCCGAUUACAAGCUUGGGUAUUAAUGAUAUUAUGUAUGCACAGACUCCUGAUGAUAUCGACAUUCGUAAUUUGAAACCGGAGAAAGAAUUCUUCGAACGAUUUAUAAAACAAACGAAUGAUUGGCUGGAUUGGUUUGAAAAAUUCGUGAAUAUAUUUUUGUACAUUGUUGAAUGGUUUCGAACUAACAAGAUGGAAGGAGCCGAUGAGCUCUAUGAAGAUAUGUACCGAUUAAGGUAUGAUUCGUCAAUAACCCUUCUCGCAACUAAAGCAACCAUUCAAGAAAUUCUGAACGUAUUCGAAAAUUUUACUGAUUUCGAACGUUUGUCUCGUCUGUUUAAUUGCGCACAAGCUUUCGAAAUAACCGAUUCGGGAAAGCUGAGUACACCGGAUCAAUACGAACCUUUUCUUAAGGAAACAAAACGACUUCGAUCGAAUGAUACAUUUACAGUGAAUCCUAAGACAACCGACGAAAAACUUCUUUAUAUUGAUUGUCGUCGUCACAUACGUUGGUCACUUGCAUGUGAACAAGUUCCGGAUCAAGUCGUCAUCGAAUACCAAGUAAAUGGCUCAUCGAAAGAAAUCUAUCAGAUAUUUAACGGUAAAGAUUUACCUUUAAAUCAGUGCGUUCUGCGAGGAGAAUUCAAAACGCAACAAGGCGGUCAUUUACAUAUGAGAGUCGAAAAUUCACAACCGAAUCUGAAAUACACGCUUUGGUAUCAGAUCAAAAACACGUCCUUGUCAACUUGUCGACUCUUCGUUGGUAUCUUCGACAUUGAAUGUAAAAAAUCUUUCAAGCCACCGAAUGAUAUAAUCAAAAGGAACGAGUUGAAUGAUGUGAUAGAACGAGUGUUUUUAUUUCUUGAUAAAUUGUUAAAUGGUACCAUCAGUCUAGCGACAAUGAACGAAUUUCAUUCAGUAUUCCACGAUGCGAAUAUCAACGUUGCGCAGGAAGUUCAAAAACUAUUCGCUACACAAUCUAUCAGUGGUCAUAUACCAUUGCAAGCAACGACUAAUGAUCAACAAGUAAAUCAAGUGUGCAAAUGGUUACAAACUUAUCAGUACUACAGUCAUUUGGAUAUCAUUAUCGAUUGUGUACAAAAGUUCAACAUAAUAUCAAACGAUACGAAUGAUCAAUCGGUCAAUCAUCUUCAAACUUUAACUCUCGAUGAGAAUUGUCCUCUAAGAGAAAUAUCCGACACUUACAGAGAUGUUUAUGAUCGAUUUGAAAGAUUGAGUAGCGAACAUUUACAAUUGAUCAAGACUAUCUUAAAAUAUCCGAACGUAGUCAAUAUGAUGAAAGAAGCGAAGCUAUAUUCAACUGACGGUCGACGUCGAUUUCAGCAGCUACAAGAUAACUUAACGACACAAUUUCAGCUACAAGAACGUAAUAGCAUGAUACUUAACUCAUGGAUUGCCACUUUUACAUUAUCUGAACCUUUUGCUUGCGAUGCACACAGCUUAGAACACUUUGUUGAUAAUGUAGCUCGAUUGACGGUAACCGACGAGAACUCAUGUGAGCAUAUUUUAGUUGUUAACCAAAAUAUUCAAACUAUCGAGCUGUGGUUGUCAAAUGAAGAUGCAACAAUGUUGGACAAUGCAUUAGUUAUGAUGGAAUAUUUGUACAAAACAGGUGUGGUGAAUAUCCAUUUGCAGCGAUUGAUCAACAAGCAAUCGCACUAUGAUAUCGAGUACUCGAUUGGUGGUGGUGAUAAUAAGCAGCAGAUCAAAUCCACAAUGCCGAUGACUGAUGUUGCUGAUCAUCGAAGACAGCUGACAUUUUGUACUUCGGACUUGUUGGUUAACGAAGCGUAUAGAAAGGAUUUAAUAACAGAACAAUUGAAAUUAUUGGAAGUGGUUGAGAGAGUCUUUUCUAUCCAAGUCAAGUUGGAGAAUUCAGGUCACCCGAAAUAUCAAUGUAAAGAAGAACAUUACCAAAUCUGCGAUACUCUAGAUCAGCUCAAGAAUAUCUUAGUGGAGAUAAAGUAUAGAUCAGAUCAAGAUUUACAACAGCAACAAAAACAACUCAAAGGAAUCCUCGUUCAAAGGACGAGACAUUUUGAAUAUGUUCAUUGUCAAUUGGAUGGUCACUAUAGGGCAUGGAUCAAUGAUUUAGAAAGCUAUCGGAACGAAAAUCCACUCUUAACAUUACUUUCCAAUCGUCAAAUAAUGAUAAUGAUAAUUCUUUUGACGUCAUCGACAUCACCGAAUUCAAUUCGAACGCUCUUUCUCAAAAAUGUUUUUCCAUGUGAAGAUCUUUGCAGUUGUACAUCACAAAUGUCAAUCAAGUGUCUACAGCAUUAUUUAGAAUCAUUGAGAAUAACAAAUUCCGUUCUUUCUGAAGAAAAACUCGUUGAACUAUACGAAAAACAUCAGAUUAGCGAAGAAUCAACAAGCCAAACUAGUUUGAAAGCCUUAUCUGAUUUUAUGCAAGAAUUGUACAUCAAUAAAGAAGAUUUCUAUUCGAAAAAUACUUUUCAUGUAGAAAAUCAACAGUAUUUAGUUACGUUGAAGUCAUCUGAACAACAGACAUCGACUGAUAGACGAAAAUACAGUUGGGAUCGUGAUGCUUAUUGUGUCUUAUUGAACAUCUUCCGUGAUCGAUUACCAGCAAACUAUCAAAUUCUCUGGGGUUCAACAGCAACCGAGGAUGACAUUCGCUUGUUUUUCCUACGUGUCCGACAGUUUGUCUCCCAAUCAUUUGUUAUCUUAGAUAUCGACGAAAUGCACCAUCGUCUUCGUGCUCUCCUAUGGGAACAGCAAGGAUCAUUGAGUAUCCAGCGCAAACCUCAUGCAGCAGUUUAUUAUUUCACAAAGGAAUCGAUGGCCAAUAGAAAAGGGAUUCGACCUUUUCAUAUGAUACCGUCAUACCGAGAUUCAACGAAAACAUUUUUGCAAUUCACUCAAUUGAUGAGAAGCCAAAAUAUCGAAUUGCCCCAGAUUAAGAUCAUUUCUGGAAAAGCCGGUGUGGGAAAAACUCAUCGAAUACGCAGUGAAUAUUCUCGACAGAAUCCUUCGUGUAUUACGAUUAACGAUCAAAUCAAUCUAUUGACUUUGAUCAGUACUCUAUCUUCAUUUUCAUCAAAUACCGAAGCAUGUCUUUACAUCAAUAUUUCUCUUCAUGCACCAUUCGAUCAAUUAAAUCAUCUUCUAUUUUCCUUGUUUGUAUGUCGAUCUCUGAUUGACAUCGCGAGUGGAUUGACAUUUUCAUUACCAUUACAAAAUCCAUGGAAAUUCAUUAUUGAAGUACCGCAUACCGAUACAUCUGGACUCACUCCAUCGAACUACUUCAAAGAAAUUCUGCCAGUCCUGUCGAUUGUGUCAAGUUCGUGCUUGGAAGAAGUAACCGAUGAAAAUUAUCAAUUAUCGAUGGGCCAGGAAGAAGAACUGGUCGCGCGAUUCUUCAAAGCAUAUCAAGAAGGAACAAUCGAUCGUUUAUCUGAUGGUGACCUAACUGUUGACUUUGCUCCACUAAACAAUCGUGACGAACAACGUCAGUAUAUAUACACUUGUUUAGACACUUAUGCACACGAUUUACCGCGAAAUAAAAUCUUCCAGCUUUCUUUCACGAAAUUUUUGUACCGACGCGUUCAGUUUUUCACUAAACCUUACUAUCGUUACAACUCGUUGACUCUUCGACUUGGCUCAAUUGCAAUGUCUCAAAUGAUCCAAGAAGCGAACAAGUUAUCCCGAGUGGACUUUUCUUCUCAUGAUUACCAUCGAAUUUAUUUAGUUUACGAUAGAAACUUCGCUCUUCAACUUCUACAUAAUGAUUGGAAUUCGAUCUCGUUGGAAUUGAAGACCGUUUUCAAAAAUAUCGAUCCAAAACAAAGGAUCAUCAAUCAAGGCAAAAACUAUCUCGCGGAAUGUUUAGCAUGGCUAAUCAAUAUGAAAGAAGGUGUUUUCGAGAAAAUAAUGAAAGAAAUGAACUUUAUUUUAACGGAAAACUUAGUUUAUAAGUUAUUUCACAUUCACGAACGAAAAUUAACGAAAUUACCAUUGAUUAUCGAAGGCGAAACAGGCGUUGGAAAAACGUUUCUUCUCAGGUUCUAUUCUGCACUAUUGAAUGCGUGUAUUUCACACGGAGGGUUUCAUGAGAGCACAACAGCAAAAAUAUCCGAACGAACGAGCGCGUGGUUAUUGAAGGAAAUCAUCGGAAAGAUUCUAGAACCAAACAACGAACUCUUAUCCGAGUUUUUGCAACGAAUGCGGAACGAUAAUAUCGACGAUGAAAAUAGUCCAGAAGAACAACAGGUGAUGCUUUUAGACAUUAAACAAUCACUAGAAAGUCAUCAGUAUAAUGAUAACCGUUUGAAACUCAUAUGGAAAACGAUAAUUACUCUGGUUGAUGAACGCGACAAAGAUCUGGGUUUAGAUCUUAUUGGACGUUUGUAUGGUUAUAUCAAAACGAAAUUCGAAGAGUUGCCAUUGAUUGAAGCCAGUUGUAAAUUGAAAAAAUUACUUAAAGAUCAAUCAUUUACUGUCGAAGAGUCUAUCGAAACCUUCGGAGAAUUCUUAAUUCAUACGCGAGUCAAUCCUGUUUUCUAUCGACUUCUUCUACAUCCUGGCAUCACCGAAGCAAUGAUUGUAGAUUUUAUGUCUCCGAUAUCUCAACUAGCUGCUCGUUUACCAAAGAUUGAAAUCGUCGUAUUCUUCGAUGAAGUCAAUACAUCAUCAUGUCUGGGUACAUUCAAAGAAAUGUUUAUGGAUGGUACAUUGCAUGGUAAAUCUCUACCAAAGAAUAUCUUCUUUACUGCGGCGAUCAACCCCAAGCGAACUAUUGAUCCAAAUGAAGCAAAUCAAAUUCAUCGACAUGAUUAUUUUGUGCAUCAUUUACCAGAAUCGCUGGAAAAUCUGAAAGUUUCCUACGGCACUCUCGAUCGAAACACAUUAGAAGAAUAUAUCAAACAGAAAAUCGCGACAUUCACUUCUGGUUCACAAACUGACCAUUCCAUCGAGGACAAUACACAAGCAAUGUUGAUGGAAUCGAUUCUAAACGCGCAACUCUUUUGUAAAGAACGUCUUGGAGAAAACUCUGUUUCACAACGCGAAGUCCAGCGAUGCUUCAAUCUAAUCGACUUUUUCUGGAAAUUGAGACCUAACGAACGAAAUAUCCAACGAUGCAUUGCUUUGUCCAUUGCGUUAAUAUAUUAUUUUCGUCUUCCGACUAGAGAAGAUAAUAUCCAAAGAAAUGAUCACGAAACACCUUCGCGAGAAGACUUUGAAGAUAUGUUAGAAAUAACUCUACCUGCUUUUGCUCAAACGAUUCAAGAUGAACUCGACAGAUUUGUUAAUACAGAGAACUUCUUAAUGCCACCUGGCGUAGCUAUCAAUCAAGCUAUUCGUGAACAUAUCUUUGCGAUUGUUGUCAGUGUUGUCACACGAACUCCAUUGUGUAUUAUUGGCGAGCCCGGUCGAUCAAAAACUCUUUCAUUUCAAAUUGUUCUCCAGAAUCUUCAAGGUUCACAUUUAUCACCGAAACCUUUCUGCCGAAAUCUACCUGCACUCGACGCAUUCUUCUGUCUCGGUUCCAAAUACACUCGAUCAGAAGACAUCGCUUAUAUUUUCGAUCGAGCGAUCAAACGCGAGGAACAAUAUCGGCAGAUUCGGGCUGAUAAACGAUGUGUGGUUUUCUUAGACGAAGCUUCAUUGCCGGAUCAGAAGACCAUGGUGUUAAAAGUGUUACACCCGUAUUUAGAUGAAUGUCAAGUAGCGUUCAUUGCCAUAGCCAACAAAUCUUUUGAUGCAGCGAAUGCUAAUCGAAUGAUCUGCGUGUAUCGAUCAGUGCCAUCACAAUUCGAUCAGAAAGUCUUAGCCUAUGGUUGCCUCGGCCUACCAAUGACUAAUAAUUCGGCACCAAUGAGAAGCAAUCUUGAGAAAAUUAUCAUUGGAUUAUGCGAAGGUUAUCGUAAAUUACUGAUUGAUAAAAAAAUUCCAUCGAUUUUCCAUGAUCGAGAUUUUAUUUACAUGCUACGAGAAUUGCGAUUUGAACUGCCGGCAAAUACAUUAAAUGAAGAUGAACAUACUGAUUUACGUGUAAUCCAACCGAUCGCGUUGUUACGCGCGUUAGAAGACAACUUCAACGGAAUCAAAUCGGAAGAAUUUCAAUAUUUGAUGAAUCUUUUCUUUCACGAAAUACAAUUACAACUACCGGAUUUUACUCUACCGAGUAUUAGACAUGAUCGAAGUGUUUAUCGCGAUGUUCCAACAAUCCUUCAUGAAUCAUUGAAACUCGAUUCGAGACGUCGUCGAUUGUACGGACGUUAUAAAUUACUUAUUGACGAAUCGGAAGAUGAAAGUGCGGUUCAUCUUCUGUUACAGGCUGGUAUAUUCGAUACGAACUCUGAUCGUACAACCAUUUUUCGCAUGUCGGAUUUCACUGAUGAUGCUGAGAACGAACUGCGCAAUGUUGAAAUACUCUCCACAAUCAAAUUAUCGAUGGAAUUUGGAAAAACUAUUCUAAUGGUAAACACCGGUCGGAUACAUGGAUCUCUGUAUGAUGUGUUCAAUCAGAAUUUUUCCAUUAUGGCAACAGGUGAUACGAGAAAAAUCUUCUCGAAAGUGUCAAUCGGUGCGAAAACGAGUGAUGUAGUCGUUCAUGAAGAUUUUCAAUGUAUAGUUCACGUAAAACGAAGCGAGUUACAUACGAUUCCUGCGCCAUUUCUCAGUCGAUUUCAGAAAUAUUCAUUGAAUAUUGAAGAUUUCUAUCGCAUUCGUGUACAAAAGCUAUCCAAAGAUGAGCAAGACAUCUUGAGUUAUAUUGAAGAGCGAACUCAAUCAUUUGUCAAGCAUGUCGGACGACAAUAUUUCUAUGGUUUCAAUGAAAAUACUCUCUAUUCGUGUUUACUAUCUUUGAUUGAAAUGAAAACUGACCGAGAAUAUUCGCUAUUCGAUAUUUCUCAGUUCUAUACGCCAUUGUCUGCUCGAAUCAAAUAUUUCACCGGAUUAGAUCCUUCCGAUAGACAACAAUGUCUUUUCCGUAUUGUUCUCGUCAAAUUAAUCCAACUUGUGUCUCCCGAAACUAUAAUUUUAAAAUCACGAACGUUCAAAUCCGAUUUCGCUCAGUGGUUAUGGAAUCUGUAUUUUCACGAGCAAGAACACUUCAAUAUCGACAAUUUCUUCAAACAAUUGAUAUUAACACCAUCGACAACCUCAUCAGAACAAAAUGUUCAUCAAAUUACAAAAGUCAUGAUCUUUACUCGAACGUCAUCGUAUAUUGUCGGCAUGAAUCAACACUUCGCACACGGAUCUACUCCUGACGACCUUCGUGACAAUGAAGAGCAUGGCGAAACGCAGAACAUUCUUGAUUUAAGUGCUAUUGAAAAUCCAAAACAAUUACAGGAGAGAUUCGAUGAAUUUCGUGCGAAUCACCAGAAGAACGUUCUUCUCAUCAUUAUCGAUGGUAACAACGAUCAACAACGCUUACAUAUCCCAUACAUUCGACAUCUAACUGAUACCAUUGAACAUCAAUGCAAUGCAAACAUCAACAACGAACGCAAAUACUUCGUCAUUCUUAUUCAUUCAGCAGCACAAACUUUAUAUCACCAAUCGUGUUUUCCAUCGAUAUUUUUACAUAAUUGGGACUUUCACUUUUUCGAUACUUGUGCAUCGAGUAGUGCAUUCUACUUACAAAAGUUGUUACAACUAUUAUCACCAUCAGCAUGUCCCAAUGAGCUGGACACAAGUAACGAUGCAACUCACUAUGAUCUGAGUAUUCUUUUCGAAGAUUCCCUGUGGGAUUUAUGCUCGCGUAUUGAAAUUACAGCGCCGAAUCUACCUGCAAAGAUGUUUAGAACACCUGGGACUUAUGAAUUUUACAGACAACAGACGAAAACAUUCCCACGAGUAAAAUGUCUGAAAGAUAUUCUUCAAGCAUCGCCAGAUUUACAGAAAACACUAGUUAGUAUUUAUCAACAGCAUUUAUUUCUGACAAAAAAUUCAUCGCUGAAAAAGAUCAAUGAUUUCAUCUAUGGCAUUGCUAAAGAUAUUCUAUGUGGGAAACGAUUCGAUGGUCUGGUUGAAUCUAUUCAAACAGAAACGCGAAAUUCAUUCAUAAAUUUCAUGUCGCAUAUCUUUAAAAUCAUCGCAAAUGAUUACGGCCUGGAAACAAUAUCCCAAUUAUCGUUAAGACAACAGAACUAUGCAGUUUUAUUCCAAUUAGCUGAUUUAGAAUCAUUCACUGACGAAAACAAUGACGAUAUUUUCAUUUCGAAAACAACGCACGAGACCAUUCGUAUCAUAACGAAUUAUUCAUGCAUAUUCCAAACACCUUUGUUUCAUUUAUUCCAUCAACGAAUUCGAUCAUAUGCGAAUGCUAUCCAAUCGAAAGAUAUCAACAUCGAUUCGAAUGAAACGAGCAGAACGAAUUCAUCGACAUUUCAACGGUUCCGAUCUGCUUUGGUCGACUCAAUUCAAAAAGACAAGAUACUUCAUGACGCCAUCGAACAAAUCAGCGUUUCUUCGUACUCAUCGGACUUGGUACGCAUGGCCUGUGCAAUUAUUGAGAAUAACUUUGAGUACGAUCGUGAUCAGUACGAACGAAGUGUGAGCAUUAUUUCCCAUUGGACAUCGCUCCGCGAUGAAGAUGACAACGUUGAGCAUAGAGAUCACGUAUGGCGUUUGGCUCAUGUUUAUGCGACGUUAGAAUAUGAACAAACCGAUGUUCUUUCGAUGUACUCAGCUUGCCGAAUAAUAAACCGCUUCGAUUCGAUACAAUCGUCGUUGAACGACCUAUGCAAUGAGAUAUUUAUAACUCGAUCAGAUUUCCGAGAACGCUUCUUUCGACUAGUUUUCGAUCAAUUAUGGGAGAAUCUCGUUGAAAUAUCUUCGAACAACCUGAACUAUCAACCAUGGGUUUACGCGUAUUUAUUUAUCUCCAAGUAUCACCCAUCGGAAGCAGUUCUUCUGCGCAUACAUCUUUUCACGAUUCGUUUUCAGAUCGAAUUGAUGAAACUGGCGUAUCGAAUAUUUCUCAACGAAACAAUCAUCGAACCACAAAGAUUAGUGUUAAGAUUAUUGCGUCUGAAUUCCAGAUCAAGUUGCUUAAAAGUGUUGCCGGAAAUAAUUGAAAUUAUCCAAGAGCAUCACCCGGGAAAUAUAACAUUGCUAGGCGACGUUCAGCAAUGGAUUACAUCAAUUUGCCAAUCAAAUGACCUACCAUCAGAAGCAACGCUUCGUUCUUUACUUACGUAUUUGAAUCGACCUUUGAUGCUUACGCCAUUAGCAUCGAAACAGUUGGUAUUCGAUCAAGUCAUUGAUUUAUUAUUACAAACCCAACAGAGAGAAAGAUCACAGGUAGAUUUAUGGGAUCGUUUCAAUCUCAUUCCAAUCUUGGUUGAAUGUAUAUCUGAUGUUAAUCAUCCUGAACAAUAUCGAAUUCCUUUUCAUCCGUCGGUAAACCAACCUGAAAAUCCGAGAAUACCUAUGUUUGAUCUUUACUUUUAUCAUCUACGCAGUCAGAUGACGGAUGAUACUGUCACACCAACAUUUUUGAACAAAGGACUUCUCCAUCCUUUACCAACCAUACGGAGAGAAAAAACGAGACUGAUAGCAAAUAAUUUGUUCAACGAAUUAAAAAACUACUUCCUUUCGAUUAUGAUGGCUCUUCUACUUUGCAAUCCGAAUCUCACUGAAGCUCAAGAACCCGACGUUCGUCAUAAAAUGUCCACUCUGACUCGAAGUAUUCUUUCCGUAGAUAGUACAGCGACACGUCUCAGUGAUCCGUUGCAACUGUUUCUUUCGACAAUUAUAUCCAAACAGUCAUGGUCUUACCUGCUAAAUGUCCUCGAAUCAGACAGACUUAAAGAAAUCAACGAAAAUUGGAGGUCUACUCUUCAUCAUCUGCUUCAAGUAGAUCAAGCUAGACAUCGAAGUCCACAUUUACACUUGUCACAUCAAAUACAAUUCACUUACUCACAUGAAAUUCCAGAUUCGCCAAUGUUCUCCGAAAUGAAUCAGCGUUACGUUCGUUUACGGGAGGUAAUAGACACAUGCGUUCGAAAUCAGACUGACGAAAACCGAUGGGAGUUGUUCAAUUCUCAUAUGAGAGAUCGAAUUCAUUCUACCUCUACGGAUCUCGAGAGAAACAAAUACAAAUCAAUGUUACUUUUGAUUAUUUAUUAUGAUUAUUAUUGUACAAAUCGAUUGGAGUCGGUUCGAGCAUUGAUGAAUGCCAUUCCUGAUUUAUUGUUCUUGUUGGAAGAAGAGAAAGUUGUGUUUCGUGCUUUGCUGGAUCCUGAACAGUUUAUCGUUGGUUAUCACGACGAAGUCGAGAAGAAUUCUCUGAAUGAAAUCUUCAACUUGAAUUGCUCUACUGAAUUCGAAUUAGCUUUACGGCAUUUAAUGGUCAAUUUAAUGGCGAUGAUUCUAUUAGCAGGUCCGCAAUCUUUUUUGUGGACGUUUGCAUUUCAACCUAUACGUCUGGAAAACACCUACGGCUUUGGAUCGGUUUAUCGAGCAACAAUCCAAAGUACUGGCGUUCAUUAUGAUUGUGGAUGCAUCAUUUCAGAAAAUGGACAAUUGAUAAUUCCUUAUGGUACGAAUUAUAAUGGGAUGUUGAACGUUCCCGCAAUAUAUACGGCCUAUUUUUCUACGUUUGGCGCGCUGGCCUGGCAUUUGCUGUUGUUUAGUAACUCCGUAUUGAAUUUGUACGGUCCGAUUCUUUCACCUUCCGCAAUUGUUGAUCGUAAUGCAGCUUUUCGACAGGCUGGCGAAAGUCUCCGUUCAAAAACUUGUCAUUUCGUUCUGGCUCGAUUAUUGUCAACAUUUCACUUCUUAUCUCUUCAAUUUAACCAAGAAGAUACCUACAUCGUCUUGACUCGUUGUUUCGAAAGAAUGGCUUCGCUAACUGUCGAUGAAAAUCAAUGGAUUCGACCAGUUUAUGAAGUCUUUUCAGACAAAGUAAUAGCAGAAGACCUUUACCAAACCAGUGUGUUCUACUACGUGUUAGAUCGAUUAGUCACUGAUAGAGUCAAUAUAAAUCAAAGGAUUCUCCCGUGUGAAAUCCAACUUCGCUUACAAGAAUUCACCGAGCAAAUGCCAAUCGUGUUAAAUCUGAAACAUUUUCAAACAGCAUUCCAUCGUUUGAACGCACAAUCAUCUACUUCCUUGCAGCUUCUUCGGUUCAUCUUCGAUUCGUUGGAAGUGUUGGAACGGACCAAAUACAUCACUAAUCUCACACGAUUUUACACUUUAUUGCAUCAAACAUACACGCAUUUGAUCAGCGAAGAUGAAUUCCAUGAAAUCACUCUACACGAGCUACAAAUUCGCGCACAAAACCGAUCACAACACUGGAACGACACCGACGAUAACUACGAGCAAAAUGAUCAUUAUACUAUCAUCGCUAAAGGUAUCGAAGCGGUCAAUAAUUACCACGAAUAUACUCAAGGACUCAUCAAACCAGGUGCUUGCAAUCAAUCUCAACAGUUCGACAAAGUCUCAAUCGAUACUCCCGUUAGUUACCUUCUCACAACAAACAAUGACGACGAAGGCAAUAUCAUCAUGCGCAUACUCAGUAUCCUGGUUGAUUCGCAUAAUCAUGUUUUGAAUUUACUCAGUGAAGGAAACUCAUGUGACCCUAUUCUGGCGAAUCUGGUCAAGGAGAUCGCUUCCAAAGAAGUAUCUAUCUUGCAAAUCGCGAACUAUGAUACGGGCAUUAUUAAUUUCAACGAACAAGAUCGGAAAUCCAUUGAAAGAUGGUGUUUAUCAAGUGUGAUUGAUAACGACGAACAAAGUUUCUUCAAUGAGAUUUCCUCAUUAAAGUUUGAUUUUCAGUACAUUCAAUCUCAAAUCAUUCGAAAUUAUCUUCUACUUUGUCGAAUCAAUUAUCGUCAUAUCCAACAGGUAUACCAAUACCGUAUCACACCAGUUUCUACAACUUUCCCAAGACCCGAUCGUCCAAUACUCGAUCUGGAUGAAAAAUAUUGUAUCGAACUCACCAAUGAGCAGCUAGAAAACGACUGGACCUAUUUACGAACGAUUUCAUUGGAUAAUCUUUAUCAUUCGUUUGUACUAUUACGGCAACUUGCCUCGACAUUGAAAACCGAUUCUAAUCGCGCUGAUCUAUCAACGAGCUUAUUCGACUUUGCCGAGCGUAUCGAUGAGGAUAAAGAAUUUCUCGAACGAAUUCGACAGUAUCAAAUCAAAGAUUUUCCUUUAUGUCAUAUUGAUCAUGUGAUGAGACUCUACGUACAGUUGAUACAUGGAUUUGAGCAUUUGUUCAUCGACAUACCACUCUUCCUUCGAACUCCGAUUCCUCUGGAAUUGAAUGCGAGAAUCUUUGAGGAAUUCAAUCAAAAUAUCAGCCAGAAGGACAGCCUCGAAACGAUUCAAACAACGAUUGAAAUGAUAACACAACUUUUGAAUGACCUGAAAAAUUCGAGGAAUACUUUCCUUCAACAAUCUUCGAGAUCAUUAGUCGAAAUCUGUCGUAUUUGUGAAAUAGAUAGUCCAAUCUUGGACUGGAUACCAUCGGAAAUCUGUUGUGAGAAUUAUGUCCCAAUAAACAUUCAUCUAGUUCGAAUACGCUCGAUUCUUCAAGAACGAAAAGUCAACAUCGAAGAGAGGGCGAUUCAACUAUGGCAUGAAUACACAGAUGACCGCGGAGAUACGAGUGAUAAAUCAUUACGUUCGAGUCCAAAUGAUCCACGAGAAAGCACAGAACUAUUUCAAUAUUCAGUUUUGUUUAAACUCGAAAUGCGACGAAUUCCAUAUUCAUCAAUGAAUUUAUUUCGACAAUUGCAACAAUCUCAAACACCAGAAGUAUUGACUUCAACUCGACCACAUAAGUUUACGAUUAAGCGUUCUGAUGGAAACGGACCGGCAUAUAUGACGAGAAUUGAUAAAAUUUCCGAGCGCCUACAGACCUUCGUCGAUGAUCAACAUGUGCUUUUGGACGCGAAUGAAAUCGUUUUUGAUUUUGGUACUUCGCAAAUCUCGUCGCUUGAUUAUCGCGUCGUGGAAAGAAAAGAUUUGAUUUCUGUUGAGUUUCACUUUCGUCAGUCAAUAUUUCAAUACUCGACAGUUGCAACGAAUCGAAUAGUGACAGUUAUACAACAUUUUCUCAAUGUUAACCAAUCAGCACUGGUUUCAGUCGAUACUCACCUUUGCUUUUAUGAUGAGAUUUGGAUGUGCAUUGAAGAUGUGAAGGUGGCCAAUUUGUACAGGAGCAAGGAAAAUGCGAUUGUGAUUAAUGUCAAGAAGAAACCAUCAAUGGAUGAUAUGGAAUGUGAAAUAAGUGUCACCGAUAUGGAAAAUGGUGCUCGACAAACGAUUUUCUGUGAUAUGAUAGCCACAUGGGAGCACAUUGAAUUGUGGUUAAAACAGUUUUCUCAAAAAACUGAUCGUGCCAUCGAGAAUGUCGCUUUUUUGUCACCAAAACAACACUUAAUUCUGGAUAAAACUGAACCACUCAGUUCCUUCGUGACUUCACCAGAGUUCAGUGCUAUCAAUGUGAUCGAUCAACAAUCGGUCAUGUCGGUAACUGUGUAUUACAAAGAUAGUUAUCAAAGUGUUCAAGUUUUCAAAUCGAUGAAAAUUAUCUCGUUGUUGAAAAACGAAUAUCUUCAGAGAAUAUUCAAAUUCGGAGACACGGUGCCUGAACACUUUACGAUGAGUUUGGAAAAAGAGAACCAGUCGAUUCCUCUAUCUAAACACGAUGUUCAGAAAACAUUGCGAACCUUCUGUACAACAGAGAACGAUGAGCUCAAUAUUCGAUUGGUGGUAUCAAAAGUUGUGACAAUCCAUGAUGGUGAAAAAGAGACUACCAUUGUUUUACCGACAGAAAGCAUGACGACGCGUGAUCUGCUAAAGCUAAUUAACACAGACCGGUGUUUAGCUACAAAAGACACGAAAAGAAUUCUAAAGGAGAAUGAAGUUAUUUCUUUUAUACAGGAAGAUAAGUUUCUUCUCGUUGAUAGAGAAGAUGUCUGUCAUGUUGCAAUCACAUCAUCAGUAUUUGUCGUCGAGAACUGUUUUAGUUCCAAUGCUACCAUCGUCGAUGUUUGCAAUGAACAACAAAUCAAUCUUGAUACUCAAUAUUUGCUUUACUUAAAUGAGAUUAUUGCAGCGAAAGAAACUCAAUUAAUUUAUUUCAUGGCGGAGACACCGAUUCAUUUCACUACUACGGAAAAUAGUUUCCCAGUGACCGUGAGAGUGAAUUUGGAUGAGCAUGGCAAAAUUAUUCAGUUUAGUUGCAAUCGCACAAUGACUGUAGAACGCUUGUGUUCUAUCUCAUGCCGUCUAUUUAGUGUGUUAGAAGACAACGCUGAGUUACGAUUAACCGACGGAACGAAUCUUGAUGAAGGCUUAUCGUUGAAUGACAUCGAUGCAACAAGGACAAACUUCGAAUUUCUAUUGUGUUCAUCUUUAUGA